GAUAACUUAACCUGCGUGUCAUGCUCAGCGUACGUCAAACUGUUGUUUCUGUUCACCAGAGUGAAUUCUGUUUAUUGUCACGGUUACUGUUGUAUCGAUUUGUUUUACCGGCGGCAUCUAAACGUGUUGUCUGCCGCUCAUUUGCAAAAGCCAAGAAAGGAGCCGACAAACGUCAUAAGACUGAGGUACAACAACUACAAGAUACAAGCAAAGAUACCACAUGCAAAGGAGCCAACUACAUGAAAACUGGUGAGGAUCCUGUCUUAAAGACGGAUGAUGAAUAUCCAGAAUGGUUAUGGAAACUGACUGAUCCUCCUGCGGAUCUAAGCACUUUGUCUUCUGAUGACAAAACCUACUGGAGAAGACUUAGGAAACAACAGGCCCGUGAAAGGAAUCUACUACAAAAACAAAGGGGCAGAUAAUAGUUUUUUAGUGCUGUUGUUUAGUUGCAAGAAUGGAGGGUUGGAAGUUUGUGUAAGUCUGCAAGCUUAAAAUAUGUAUAUAUAGGAUCAAGGGGGUUGCGUAAGUCUGCAAUAGGAUCAAUGGGGUUAUUUAACAGCAGCUAGGGAUUGUGUUAGUGACAUGAUGUGCAAAUUGAUUUUUAAUCACCUAAUUAGAUUUACCAAAAGGAG